CAGGUUGAAUAUGUACCACGGGACUCGUACUGCAGUGUGUCCCAUCCCAUAGCCAUCUGCUGUGUGGAUCAGGUCUUUGGCAACGAAAUUCCAGUGAGAGUGAUUGAAUCCGCAUAGAAGAGGAAAAAAUGAAUCUGCAUAAAUUGAGUAAACGACAUUCAAUACAUUCGAUGCAGCAGCAGCAGGCGCAACAGCCAGGCCGACAACCGCCGGAUGAGCCUGGGGCGAAAGCACUGGAUGCUGGCGCCGGAGCUUCCGGGGCAUCCGGGGCUGCCGGUGGAGCUUCCAAGCAGCGCAAGAAGGGGAAGUUUAGGCUCAAGGAACGCUCCAGCUCGUCGGUGCGGGAACGCUUCGUCAACGACCCGGCCUACACGGAGGACGUGCGCCAUCUGGCGCUUCCGAUGCGCCGGAACAGCGGCCCGGAAAACGUGGACCACCAGUCGUCGUCGGGUCGCAAGUUCUACACGAUUCCCAAGAAGAAAUCCAACUCGGUGGGGAAGGAUUAUCUGCGCGGGUCGGGGUACAGUGUGGACGCGGCCGAUGUCGGGCGGGAUCCUGGCGUGGCGCAUAAUGUUCAGGUUAAGGUGCGGAGAAAAAAGUAUAAUUACCAUAAUAGUUCGGAGAUGUUGCGGUUCAAUGCGGAUGAGGAGUCUAGCAGUUCGGAUAAUGUGAGGGGGGCGGCGCCGGGGAGGAGUUCAACGCUGGAUCGGCGUGGAAGGAGUUUGGAUCGGAGGAGUGGCGGGGGAGAGGCUGGGUGGUUUGAGGAGGAAGGCGGGAAGAAUCGAAAUUUGAUCAGGAGACAGAAUGCUGCGGAAGGGGAGGGUGAUGAUGGGGAGGGGGAGAUGGGAGAGGAAGAGAAGGAUGGUAGAAGUAAGUUUCAAAUUGGAAAGCGAUUUCUGAAAGGGGAAAUCGGGAUUAAGAGCUUCAAUUAUUAUUUGCUGAAGGAGGGGUUGAAAACUUCCAAGAAGAAUUUGUUGAAACAACGUUCGGCGCCUGCGGAAGGAAUUGGGGCUGUUGGGGGAGCAAGUUUGUCCAGAAGCGAAGAGAACAUUUACGAGGAGAUUUAUUUCGAAGAGAAGCCAAACGAUCCGAGCGACGAGAAAAUUCAGUUUAUUGAUUGCGAAUUGUGUGUCCAGCAGUGCAAUAACAGUAACUGCGAAGCGUGUCAUAGCCAUGUUUCGAAACAUAAACUACACGAGCACAACCAUCAUCAGCAGAAGCAAUCGGAGAAGCAGAACAUUUACGAACAAUUGAAACAAGUGCCACCGCCUCAAGGGCCGGUUUCUGGUCUGCCACAGUAUAAGGCAGCGGUGAAAUCGUUGGACAUUGAUGAUUUGAACAUGUACCACUCGUCGUCCUCUACGUACGGUACGGCAGCGAGCAAUGUUCUCCAGUACCAGUCGUACAAUCCCAAUAAUCCCAAUGUUUUCAAAUUGGAAACAACACCAGUUGCAUUCGGUUGUGAGUAUAAUCCCAUCCAGCAGGUCUAUUACAAGGCGCAGUAUGGAACGCUGCCCGGGGCGGCGAGUAUGUCGGGUCAACAACGCCAAAGCAUCUAUCAACAACCGCAAAAUCUAAUUUCGACUAACUCGGGCUUUUACCAGCAGAUUAGUAGGAAGAAAUCUUCUUCCUCAUCGGAUUCUCUGCAAGCCCGGAUGCAACGUGAACUCUACCAGCAAGCGAGCUUGUACUACUAUCAGCGUGAGGCUGCUGCAGUUCAAAACGCCCAACCGCAAGAUCCGCAAAUCUACAAAACAAGCUCUAAUGCAUCCAUUCUAAGCGAGACGUCAGCUCGAAGUGAGAAUUCCCUGAAGCAACCACGCACCGGUAACAUGUCCGACUCAUCCCUCGGUGACUCGUUGUUCUCGUAUCCGGCCAAUCGGCGCUAUUUUGGCAGUUCCGAAAGUUGUCGCUUCGCUUCCGAGUGUCGGCGCUGUAGUCUUGACGUAGACAAAUGUAGCUUCUCGGACACUUGCCGGUAUGACUGUCGAAACUGUGACUGCUCCUCGAGCUAUUUCUCGUCCGAUUUCGACGACACCGGCACCGGCAGGAAGAGCCACUCUCGCCAAUCCGGGAACAAUUUGGUGCAGGAUAAUUAUAACAUUCCCGCCUAUGCGGAGGACUUCAUGAAGCACGUCAGCAACGUGAAACGGAACCAGUUGGGAUCAUCUCCCUAUCCGCAACAUCCGCAGCAAAAACAGACAGCGAGCGGAAAGAUUUAUGAAACCCCUACCACGUAUGCCGGGAUUACAAAGAAAACCCCCUCCCAUCGAGAGCAUACGUACGAAACAUUGAAAUCCAAUCCGUACGGCAGCACCGGCAUCCGAGCAACUCACAAAUACGACGAAAACACCAAACUGUCAAUCAGUCAAAGUCACGAGCUGUUGUUGUCCCCUUCCCGGAACAAGUUCCCCAUCGAAGGGCGUCAUUCGCCACGCUUCGGCCCUAAAUCCUCCAACACCCUCCCGACCUCCAUCCCAACCAAAGCAAAAAGCACCGACUUUGGCCUACCCUCCCUCGACACCCUCCCGAAACCCUUCACAUCCACCGGACCACCUCGGGCGACUUUGUCAAACUUGAAUCACGACUACGCAGAAAUCACCCAACUACCAUCCUCGAGCAAACCACAGCCACCGAAAGAUCCAAAGCAAACACCACCUCCUCCGCUACCCCCCGCCGCAACCCACCCGAAACGCUCCACCGUGAAAUACACCGCUCCCCAACCUCCGAAAGCCACCACUACGCAACCCGUACCGUCAACCACCGCUCGUCGUCAAGCACCCCCAAUCCCGACAAACCCCCCUCUCGACCCCGCUGCAACUUCCGCCGACGCCAGAGAUAAAUCCCUGCCGCGGCGUGACAGGGCCGAGUUCGAACGGAGCAAACGAGGUGCGGCCGCUGCCGUUGCUGCCACCAUACAGGACCUGGUAGCACCGACCCUCACUCCCACACAUUCCAAGCGGAAACAGGACUCCGCUGCUGCUGGUCAACAGCAACAGCAAUCAGCAGCAGCAGCCCCGCCGAAGAAGGAGGUGAAGAAAAAGAUGCAGCAGCAACAGGCCAAGUCGAAGGAGCAGGAGGACGACGACGACGAUGGCAAUUUUACCGACGACGAGGACGAUGAGGUGUUUCUCAGUGAUAAGGUGGCUGUUGGCUACGAGAAGCCCAAAUAUGGAAGCGGCCGGAAGCAGCAACAGCAGCAGAAUCCAACUCCAAAAGAGCAAGCCACAACAAACAAAACCCCCCUCGCCAUGGCUCCAACAGCUGCUGCCGCCACCACACCAGGUCAAGCGGUAACCGGUUCCAAUUUCACCACCCAACCACCGCCACCACCAUCAUCAUCACUAUCGUCAUCAUCGUCAUCGACAGCCCCAGCGUCGUCGGCCCCCCAAGCGACGCCCGCCAACGCCAUCACAACUACAACGUCGACGUCGCUGGCAGCAUCCAAGUCCAGAUCAAAACACAGAGAGCAUCAACCCGAAUCCGGUGGUCCAGCGUCCAAGCGGCAGCACUCAAACGAAAGCGAGAGUUUGCGCAGUUCCCAAGCAACAACCCUCGACGACGACGACGAAGACGCCGCUGCCGCGGCCGAGAGCGCGAGUGACAUGGUGAGAAAGAGUGACGAACCCCGUGUCGUCGGCGUCGGAUGGGGCUCUGCUGGGGAGCAUGGCGUCGCCGGCAUCACCGAGGCGACGUCCUCUCAGAGGAUCAAAACAAAAUCGUCACCCGAAGCACUCAGUACCGAUCUUGCCGUCUCAGGUGAAGCGUCGGAGCUAGUUUCGUCGGGUCGCCUGGCAGCUUCAGCAGCAGCAGGUUGUUCGAACAGCAAAAGUGAAGCCGCGAAAACCAUCACCACAUCCCAAUUGAAGGCGGAAAGCGAAGAAACGACCCAGCGGGUACACCCUUCCUUACUCAUUCAGUUACCCCCUUCGGUUGAAGUUCAAUUUUUUUUAUCUUCUUUCUCGUGGUCCAAAAAUUUUACGCGGAAUAAAGUGAUAAACGAGGUGUUCAAGUGGCGAAAACCGAUUCCGAUUCAUCAUCAUCAGCAGCAUCUGUAUAUCGGAAAUAGCAACAACAACAGUAGCAACGGGCAGCAGUGGUCAGCAGGGAGUGAGUGGAGCACGCGAAACUUGCGCAGUUUUGAAGGAAAGCAAAAGUGUGGCAGAGCAAUUCCGGCCAGCCAGUGCAGCAGCAGCGAAGUGGGUGUGUGUGGCACAUUAAGGCUUUUUACGGCAUCAUCAGCAUCGGCAGCCAUGUUGGAUAUGAGCCUCAAAAUUUCAAAGUGAUAAUUCUCUGCCACCAAAGCGAAUAUUCGUAUGAAAAAGUAUCAUCCCAUAUGCUCACUCGCAGUGAUUGCGAUGAUACUUUUUCUGCUGCGUUGCUGCAGAAUUGACAGUUUUUUAUCACUUCAAAAAUGCGAGGCAAACAAUCAUUGAAAAGCAAAAAGUCAAUGAUUCGUUUGAAAACUUAGUGAUGCAGUAAGACACCUUAAGAGA